CCCAGCGACGGCUGCCACAAAAGUUUUGCUUGUGUUUACAACGAUAACUGAAACUAAAGUACAUACGUAUCUGUGUGCGUGUCUGUGUGUGUGUAAAAUACAACAACUACAACUACUGUUUACUGUUUACUGUUUGAAUUAUCAGCAUACAAAAUGCAGUACACGACGGCAUGCUUGAUGGCUCUGCUGCUGGUGAUGAUGUGGGGCACACAGCUAACGGUAUCGGCGCCAGCACAGGAGCUAGCACAGGAUAGCAGCGUACUGCCCGCCGAGCUGAAUCCGAUCAAUGCUGAGGAGGUGGUAGGCGAUGAGCUAGAACGCAACAAAAGAAAACUGCCCGAUGCCACAUUUGAGGCGAAAAAUGCGGUGCUCGGAUUUGUAUUUGGUAAAAUCGACAACUUCUUGGAUACAAAGACACGCGUGAUUGAGCAACUGGAUCGCUCCAAUAUUGAGAAGAACAAGCAAUGGGAUAUCAAGGCACCGGUGCCCAUUAAGGAUUUCCAAACUCUCAUCUCCGCCGUUGUCUCGCCCAAAAUCCGUUCGAUUGGCAAUAUUGCAAAUGAUCUCACCACCGGCGUAUUAACCACCAUAACCGCCUUCAGUGGCUCCUCAUCGGGCAACGGCAAUGCCAAUGCCGGACUCGGCAAUGUCGUCUCCAAAUUCUUGAGUUUCUCCGGUCCCAUACUGCAGGGUUCGUCGGGUGGUGUCAAUGGCAUUGCCGGUGCCACGACACCAGCUCCAGAUUCUGAUGAGGCGGGCUACUAAAUCAGCAACUAGACCCUCUUCCCCUCUCACUCUAAUUGACUGGUAAACUGGCUGACAGACUUGGCCUUGGAUAUCGUUCGCACUAUAACAAAACAAAAAAAAACAAAUUGGUUCCAUAAUUUAUGUACUCACACACAUACACACUUACACUC